CCUUCCCUUGUUGUGUUUACGUUUUCGUUCUUGAAGAGCCAGGUGUUUCCACUAUUUCCGAUUUAAAUCUUCUCACGUUCAGUUGCCGAGAUUCUAAUUUUUAAAUUUUGUGAUAUAAGUGCAUAGGACAAGUCGUGAAAAUGUCAAUGUCUAAAGAGCAGGCCUCAAGAUUUACUGUUGCUCCAUUCGUUUUCGAACUGGUCGGAAAUUAUUUGCAGCAGCUUUUUCUAAAACCAGUCAGAACUCAAGCUGUUACGAAUUCUUUGGUCUUGUUUCUUGGAAAUGUGACAUCUCAGUGCCUUCUUAGUGAGAGAAAACCUUUUGAUAAGGACUCAGCCAUGGCAACAGCCCUGUUUGGUCUGGUGUUUGGUGGUGCCAUUCCACACAACUUCUAUAAACUUCUGGACUCGGCGGUCAGAGGAAAAAAGUUACAAGGAAAGUUCUUCCGAUUUUUAAUUGAAAGACUCCUCUUUACACCAGCAUAUUUGCUUCUGAGGCUCUACAUGACAGCAAUAUUUGAAGGAAAAUCUCAUCAAGCAGCUUGUAGGCAUGUCCACCAAAGUUAUCAAAUCUUGUUGCGUGACAACUGGUACAGCCUUUCAUUAUUCCAGUUUUACUGUGUUAACUUCAUUCCCUCAAUGUUUCGCCCCCUAUUUUCGAGUGUGAUUGAUUUCUUUUGGACUGUUCAUUUCACAAAUAAGCGAAGAGAAAUCGAAGAGCGUAAGCGAUGAUUUGCAAGAAAAUGCUCAAGGCCACUUUGUUAUAUUUUUACUCUGGGAAUCAAUUGUUAUAUGUUUGCACUGGGCAAUUUUGCUAUUUUUUUUUUCAGAAACGGAAGACUAUACCCGAUCAAAAUUUCUGACAUUGCCUUAGCCUGAGUUGUUGCUUAGACUUUUAUACAUUAUUAUCAUUAUUUUAUUCAUAUCCUUUUUGUUAAGUCUUUAUUUGUUUAAGAUGAAAUUUAUUGAAUAAAAAGCUUGUUUUUUAACAUGAAAUUUUUAUAUUAAAGAAU